UGCUGUGUGACUAUCAUUUGCAUCGCUCUUUCGCUUUUGUCAUUCUUUCCCAGUCUCUCAUCUUGCCACCCCUCCACCCGUCGUCCAGCGCCUCCCACUGCCGCCGACGACAAGCCCGCUCUACAAUACCUUCCAGAUAAUCAGCACCCAUGUCGGCGCCCUCGGAUGUUGUCCCUCACAGUCAGAAAAAGCCUCGUAACAGGCAUUCCCCGUCACAGGUGGCCGCUCUCAAAGAGGUGUACGACAAAAAUGACCACCCUCCCCUCGAGGACAGGACCCAACUCGCCCAGAAGCUCGGCAUGCAAAUAAAAACCGUCAAUGCCUGGUUUCAGAACCGUCGAGCCUCCUCCAGGAAGCGCACCCAGCGUGCUGAGGCACAUACCGAUCCAUCUCGCUCUAUCUCGGGCUCUCCACCGCCUCUUGACGAGGACGACCCACACCACACGUCCCAGGAUCAUUCACAUUCGAGCCAACUACACUCCACAUCCGAUCAAGCCACGUCGCAUACUGCCAAGUCAGACAUGACGAGAAAGCCCCAGCGCAACCGGCCGACUCCCGAGCAACUCGACGAGCUUCGCAAGCUUUUCGAGACAACGCAGCACCCGUCGACGGAGCAGCGCACGCAAUUGGCAGAGCGCAUUGGAAUGAAGUAUCAGACCAUCACGAACUGGUUUCAAAAUCAACGGUCUGUAUACAAGAACAAACGUGCCCCCGGGAACCCCAACCUCCUCUGGGGCUCGAGCAGUCUCUCGACGACGGCGCCGGCUGUCAGUGCUCCGGCGCAGCCGCUGCCGCCUCCCAGCACACAUCCGUCGCUAGGGCUCAGUGGUCCGCCGCCGCUAUCGUCCAUUAGCGCGCAUCCCCGUCUACCAUCACUGCCGAUCUCACGUGGUGCUAGCCUCGAGCCGCACCAUCUAGCUCACGGGUCGAAGCCGGAGGAUAACCUAUCGGAUCGUGGCAGCAUGCGCGCCUUCUCCGACGAUGGUCAUCUCCGUGAUCGUAGCGACACGCCGCUAUCGACUGCUCAGCACAGCGUCUCGUCGUUCGACCGGCUUCGGCCGUCGACGCCGCCCAUCUCGACGUUCCAUGGACAGUCGCCGAGCUUUGGACCUCAGCGCAACCUCACGCCGAGUCCUGCUCGCGUGAAGCGGGCGAACUCUUCGCCGCGACACGCGAAACCGACGUCGUCCUACCCACGAAACAGGCCAGAGCCUUCGCAGCUAGAUGCACUGCGCAAGCUCUUCGCUGUUACGCAAACGCCGAGUGUCGAGCAGCGCACGCGUCUUGCCGAUGAUAUCGGGAUGGAUUUGGCGAAGGUGACAAACUGGUUCAGGAACUCCAGGCAGACCUCUCGUCGACGCCAGGCAAAGGGUCUCCCCGACCCUCCGCCUCCCCCGUCCGACGGGAAAGAGGAGUCUGUGUCGGGCAGUGCUAAGCCAGGCCAGUCAGUCGCAGACGAUGACGAAGUCAUGGACGGGUCGGUGGAGGAGGAUGUAGAAAUGGACGACAGCAACAGUUCCCGCGGCACCCCGAUGUCCACCGAGGACGAAAGCGAUAUGGAGCAGGAUGUGCAUCUGCCGCCUCUUGACAUCACUUCGCGCCGUCUACCUCCACCGCUAGGGAUGACAGGCCCUCGCGAUGCGGAUGGACCCAUGAUCGUCUCCCCGACGCCCAUCGCGCACUUGCGGUCCAGGGCGUUUGGGCUGGGGCUCGACGUUCCCGAGCAUGGACGCCAGAUGAUGGUCGACUAUAAGGCGCAGGCAGCGUCCGGACUCCCCAUGAGCCCGGUGCCCAUCCUUCCAUUGCCGACCCCCUCGAUGCACGUUGCAGCACCACCGACGUCUCGCGGUCUGUAUACGCCACCACCGCUGAAGCAUGUCACGCCGCCUGCACACGGCCAGCCCAUGUUGCCUUCCAUUCGCCUCACUCCGCCUCUGAGGCAGACACCACCGCCGUACCCUCCGCAGGCUGCAUACGCGCACGACAGGCCCUUCGACCUGCCGCUGCCGAAGGCGGAUAGGAUGAGUAUCGACCAGUCGUGGGCGUCUGACGUUUCGAUGAAAGAUUCCAGGAGUAGCAUUUCGUCGUCGGCUAGCGUACGCGUGGAGGAUGCUAUGCUGCUCCUCGACUUCUCCACGCGCAGCGUUGAGCUCGUCGCUCAUUGACCUAACUUCAUUGAUAUCUUGCAAGCACGCAGGCGGUGCCCCUAUGCGACAUGUACCCUUCGUUAUUCAAUACCUGCAGCCCCUGUACUUACCUAUGCCCUGUCUCCUCCGUGCGCGCCACCACCGUACGGACGGAACUUGCUUCGCGAAAACGCGAAUGCCGAACUGACCCAAGAACCUCGAAUAAAGUAGACCAAAGUGUUAAUUUAGCUAACAGUACUAUGACCAACCCCUCGACUCAAUCGUGUUGUACAAAUAAGUAGUAGCUUAUUAUAUGUUUGCUGGCUUCCA